AUGAUCGCCUGCCCGAAUGAUGCCAAGCUCUUCGACUUCACCAACAACAACACUAGGGAAUUCAUCGAAUCUCUCAAGACCUUUCACAAAUUCUAUGCCCCGAUCCACGGGUAUUUAUGCCUCGGCCUCUGCGUUUUCGGCAUGCUCACAAACUUGGUACACGUGGCCGUGUUGAGCAGACCAACGAUGCGCAACUCGGCGGUGAACUGCUUGCUGACGGCGGUGGCUGUCUGUGAUCUGGGGACAAUGUGCACGUACCUCAUCUACCUGUGCCAUUUUGUGGUGUUUAAGGGGAAUAAGUGUAAUCCCACGUUCACACAUGGCUGGAUGCAAUUCCUCCUGUGGCACGUCGUGCUCUCCAUCACCCUCCACUCAACUUCACUCUGGCUGGCCGUCGCCAUGGCAUUUGUUAGACGAAUGACAUUACGGGUCGCGCAAUUAAAUAGUAAAUGGCAACGCCCAGCGAUGGCUUGGAAAGUGUCCCUGGCCAUUUAUGGAGCCGUUUUUGCCCUUUGCGCCCCAAAUAUCCUCGUUCACGACAUUGCCGAAUACACCCAACACGUCUGGAAACCGCCGGCCCGUUGUGGAUAUUCAGAAAAUUACACAGAAAAAGUGUACACGUUCUCGGUCUCCCGACUAGCCACUUCAAAUAAUUGCCGCAUCUUCAAGGCCAACAUUUGGAUGAUCGGCAUUGUUUUCAAGGUAAUUCCCUGCAUUUUGCUCUUCCUCCUGUCGAUCGGCUUGAUGAUGAAGCUCCGUGACGCCGAGCGAAAUCGUCGCAAGCUGACUAGCUGUAGCAGCAGCUCAUCGUACGCCGGCAGCAAGCAAUCCGCCAAAACCGACCGUACUACCCUGAUGUUGGUGGUCAUCUUGAUCGUGUUCUUGAUCACCGAACUGCCACAAGGGAUCAUCUCUAUCCUAACAGCCAUCUACACCGCGGAUGUCCACACAUAUCUGUACUUCUAUCUUGGAGAUGUCCUUGAUCUGCUGUCCUUGUUGAACUCGUCGGUCAACUUUGUCCUCUACUGCAUUAUGUCGUCACGGUAUCGGGCGAUGUUCUGGAAAGUCGUGCUCCCGUCGUCAAUGUACAAACAACAAAUCUCCGCUCGAAACAAUUCGACGACGAUCAACUUGGCGUCUCGAAAACCAAGCAAGAAACGGAGUGGAGUCAGUGAAAGACAAAACCGCGACUAUACAUUGCUCCCUACAACGGAGCUGCAAUGCCCUUCGACACCGGAUACCCCCAGGACCAACACGAACUCCUCGAGCUCCGACGGGAAGAUUGAUCAUUUA